UUGGUAUGCAUUUUCUUGCUUUUUUUAAUGAUUUUACUGGGUUUUACAGAAAUUUGAUGAGUGCCUGAAAGCAGGAAGGCCGUCUAAUGACACUAGCGGGGCAACUUAUGUUAACACAUCGAGUGGAAAGUCAAAACCAAGCUGUUCUCUUUCAAACCAGGAACUUGAGAGCGCAUGCAAACGAGAGCCAUAGACUAGUGGUUUGUGGUUGUCUAUAGACACAGAAUCAGGAAAGUUCACGUUUCCGCUACGUCAAUUCACUUUACUGUAGGUGUGGUAGACGCUUUCCUCCAUUGGCUGACAUAAAAAGACCAAAGGCCAAGUAAUAAGGAAACUGGAUUCGUAAUGUAGUUUGAACCAGUGAAGAAAGUCUCUGAGUAGCUCAUUCGUCUGGAACGAUAUACAGCGUCUGAUCUGAUAUCUGCUGGAGAAGCCGUUCUGGUCGUGUGGAUUGCUACAUGACAUUUUCUCUUUGAUGCUGAUACGUGACAUCAUAUCCUUGCGCGAUUCAAACAGGAAAAUGCUUUCGCGUGCUUAAACAGGGGACUUACCACUUCCCCUACUGAUAUCUUUUACUUUCUGGUGAAGUGAAAGACAGAACUGUGUUCAGACCCGCUUCGAUUAUUCUCGGUGGUCUGACUUGAAAGGUAAAGUCACGUGAAGAAAAGGAGAAGUGAAACGCACCUAUUCGACGGCCUCGUUUGAUCGGAGUUCGCACGGAUCCAGAAAUGGCGAGCUCGAACGCCAGCACCUGUGUGGUCAACGACAACAUGGUGCCCUUCGCCACGUUCUACGUCCUCAUCUUCCUGAUUGGAAUGGCUACCGGUCUGCUGGCGCUGUGGGCCUUCAUAACCAGCCGAAGUGCUAAAAAGUGCAUUAACGUUUACCUCAUCAAUCUCCUGACGUCCGACUUCCUCCUCAUGCUGGCAUCGGUCAAGAUCGCCAAAGAUCUGGGCAACGAUUCUCUGAGUUUGACCAUCUUUCACUGCCGAGUGAGUGCUCCGCUCAUCUACAUCAACAUGUACGCGUCUAUCAUCUUUCUAGCGUUCGUCAGCGUGCAGCGCUACCUCCAGAUCACCCGCAGCUCCAAACUGCUGCGACUGCAGGAAGUCGGCUUCGCGGUGCUGAUGUCUUCGGUGGUCUGGUUCCUGGUGCUCUUCAUCAACGUGCCCAACAUGGCCAUCCCUAUCGAAGACAACGUCGAGGACAAAGUUGGCCUAACGUGUUCGGACUUAAAAGGUGAUUUGGCCAAGCACUGGCACGCAUUGUCCGUGUUCCUGGGCAUGGCCAUCUUCUUGAACUCAUCGGUAGCGGUGCUGUUGUCCAACGGCCUGGUGUUGAAGAGGCUCUGGGUUCGGCGUGGAUCUGACCCUGAGGAACAGGCUAGCGCCCAACAUGCCUUCAGAAACAUCGCAUUGGUGACCCUGGCGCACGUGGUCUGCUUCGUACCGUAUCACGCUGUGCGAAUGCCGUACACAUUUACGCAGAUAGAGCUCAUCACCGAAUGCACGUUGAGGAAGAAUCUGUUCCUGGCUAAAGAGUCGACUCUGCUUCUCGCCAUCCUGCACCUGUGCUUCGAUCCAGUGCUGUACUUUGUCAUGUGCCGCGCAUUCAGGCAUCAGAUCACGAAGGCCUUCUCGAAGAGAGGCAGCAUUCCAACCCCAGAGACGGAGUGAAAGUUCAACCAGAGGGUUGAGGGUUGUGGACCAAGUAUUAGCGCAAAAUCGAUCGAUGAAUGUAAAUGUAGUGUAAAGGAGGAGUUAAGGAACUUUGGAUUAGCAAAACAAAGCAGAGCCUGUGGUAAAAGAAUUCACAGAGACAUAAACGUCCGUUUAAAAAAGUUUGGCAAUAUUAGUUGAUGAGAAUUUUGUAAACACAUUGUAACUAAAUCUACAAAAGCUGUUGUAUACCAAAAAGGACCCAGAGGACCUGGACCAUCAUCCCAAGCGUGCAACUGAAUAUGUUUUAUUUAAUUUAUUUGUCAUUCAGUGAGGAAUCGCUUGGGUAAGUCGUACUGCAUAUCCCCAAUUCAUAGUCGUCAUAGGUAAACUUUGAAUGGGACUGUACCACGGAUAUAUUGUUUGCGUUCAGUUUGCUUAAAGAACGAAAGAAACUGUUUUCACAACUUUCAAAAAAAGGAAAAAAGAGAGAGACUGAUAAUGGCAGUCAGAAGAUUUUGUAUUCUUUGUAUAAUUCAAUUUACAGUGAAUUUAUACCUUUGUUGUAUUAUGUCAUGUGUUUUGUAAAAUCAAUGAAUUAUCUGCAGGGUAAUCAUCUGGCAAGGUACAAGACUCUUACAGACACGGGGCAUUAUGGGUAUUCUCUAGCCGUUGAGCAUCAGUUGUACACUUGUUUUUUGUGGUGCAUUGUGGGAUUGUAUAGGUGCACUCAAAAACGUCCACUAUGAUUUUGGACACCACUACAAACGGCCAUCUCCUCAAAUAUAUAAUGCCCUAGUAUUAAAGGGUGUAGGGGUGAUACUGUAUACAGCCUAUGCUUCCCAGAUUAUAAAGAUUGCUUGUUUCACCCAACUAUUUUAUUUUUAAUUGUCAUUGUAUAUUGUCAAAAUAAUAACUGUCACCUCAUUUA